ACAGCACAAGAAACAUGUGAUCUCUGCUACAAGAAAGGACAUCAGGCCAUAGACUGCCCCCAAAGAAGUCUGAAAACAUCUAGACAACAAAAGAAAAAUUGCAGCAACUGUGGAAAAGCAGGGCAUUGGGCUAAAGAAUGUAGAAGGGUGAGGAAUGACACUAACCAAGCUUGCUUCAGCUGUGGACAACUAGGUCACUUUGCUUAUCAGUGUCCUCAUACAGGACAACCUAAACAAAUCUUACAGAAAAGUAAUCAAACACCAAAGAAA